AACAAGGGUGGGAUACUGGUAGCAUGGCAAUGGUAAAACAGGGGAUUUCAAAAUGUUUUUUUCUGUUUUGUUUAUGCUGGGCUGUAGGGUUGAGCUCUCCCCAGGGUAACCCGUACCCUAGUUUAGUUAGUGCAUUCCAAGCCUAGGCUUUGUUUUGUGCCUUUUGUUUUGUAGUGCUUGCCAGCACUAUCUCCUCAUUAUUUUGACACACAGCCUUGUGUUGAGUCCAGUGAUAAGAAAGAUUAAAGAAGGGGUUACUCUUUCUCUAAGCUUUGGCUUCUCACACGACCCUACAGGAAAAGAUGACUCCCCCAAGCAGUUAGCUCCUCCCACAAAGCAGGUGACACUCAGUUAUUAGCUCCACCCACUAAAAAAGCAACACUCAGUUAAAUGUAAAUAUAAAGGUCUUGUCAGAUAGCUAACUGAGCUGCCAGAGACAGACAGCAGAUGAGACAAAAGCACUGCCUGGAUUACACUUGAGAGAAACACUGUAAAAUAAUCCAUUUCAUCACGGCAACAUCAAAAUACCGUGGAAUGAAUGACAUGGAAGAUUUUUAUUUUUUUCAAACAACACUGGCUUUUUAUGCCCAGCUAAUGAGAGCUCAAAACAUGAUUUUAAGGAAGGUGAUUGGUUGUCAAGUUAUAGAAUAUGAUUCACUGUAAUUGCGUUUUGAUUUCCAAAACAAAACAACAACAAAAAAACAAGAUUUGUCUGCGCCUUGCAUUUAACAGUGAGGCUUUGUAUGAAAACCACACAGAACUGAACACGUUUGCAUUGAAGGCAGGAGAAGCUUCCUCCUCAUUCAAGUCCUCAGCAUGGCACUUGAAGACGAUAUUGUGUAUAUCGUGGUUGAGGUGGUCAUCGCGCUCGUGUCCUGCCUGGGAAACCUGCUGGUCAUUGGGGCAGUGAGGCUCAACCACUCCCUGAGAGAGCCCACCUUCUUGUUCAUUGUUUCCCUGGCUGUGGCAGACUUAGCCGUGGGAGCUGUGGUCAUUCCUCUCGCCAUCAUCCUUAUCGCUGGACUGGAAACACAUUUCUACACCUGCCUGUUCAUCUCCUGUGUCAUACUGAUAUUAACUCAGAGCUCAAUCCUGUCCCUUCUGGCUAUUGCAUUAGACAGGUAUCUACGUGUCAAGAUCCCAAUUAGGUACAAGACCAUUGUUACCCAGCGGCGUGCCUGGGCAGUAGUUGCAGCCUGCUGGCUGCUCUCCACAGUGCUGGGCAUCAUCCCCAUGUUCGGGUGGAAUAACAAAGCAAGCCUUGGGAACGAGACGAUGAACUCCAGCUGCAUGAACUGCACGUUCAUAUCCGUCAUUAGCAUGACCUACAUGGUCUACCUGAACUUCUUCGGCUGGGUGUUGGUCCCCCUGCUGAUGAUGAUUUGUUUGUACGUGGAAAUAUUUUACAGGAUCAGAAAACAGCUGAACCAGAACACGGCCAACUCCACAGAAUCCACAAGAUAUUACAGGAAGGAACAGAAACUGGCGAGGUCCCUGGCUGUGGUCUUGUUCUUGUUUGCUGUGUGUUGGCUUCCUCUGCACAUCAUCAACAGUGUUCAGUUCUUCAGCCCUCAGACUGAAGUCCCUCAGAUCGCCAUCUAUAGUGGCAUUCUCUUGACUCACGCUAACUCUGCAGCUAACCCCAUUGUGUAUGCUUUCAGGAUAAAGAAAUUCAGAGACGCGUACACUCAGCUCUGGAAUAAAUACUUUCACUGGAAAGAGCCUGGAUUGCCUGGCUCCACUACAGUGGAACACAACAGUGACGCCCAAGUCACUCACAGCACAGUGGAGAGAUCGAAGCCGAUCUCAGCUGGCAGUGUUUACCAAUGAGAGUUCAGCUGAUUUACAGUACAUUCGAACUGAAGAGCAGCCCCCCUGAACUCAGGAGAAAGCACGUCAAACCAGCUGCAUACUCUUUAAGGCACAAAUUCUGCCGUCUUAUGCAAUUUACUAAAUGCAUGUGAAAUAACUUCAUCUUAUAUAUGAGCUUCCUUAACUCCCCCCCAAAUAAAUAUAGGAUGUAUUGAUCAGAUAUUAAUUGUACCAAAACAUGUAUCUUACCAAUUUUGCUAACCGAUUUUAAUCUAAACUUAAAUCCAGCCUCUGAAGGUCCGUGGUUGCAGUAAACAAGUUAAUAGAUGCAGUGUGUGUGUGUGUGUGUGUGUAUUGAGAGAUAGAUAUAGAUGUAGAUAUGCGUGGGUGUGAAAACAUAUUUCCAUGUAAAUUCAUACAGUAAAUAUGUAUGCAUAUAUUUCAGAAUGUAUCAUUUAUACUGUAUAUAACAGAGCCCACCAAUACUUUUGCGGUAUAUUUCAUAUGUGUUUAUUUAUUAUUUUGUUCAUAAUGGUUGUAUCACAGUGGUUGCAAUGACUUCUCUCUGUUUGGGACACCCUUUUUCAGUGGAAUUUGACAGAUUUUCCAAUCUGAGAAGUUUUUAACUCAAAUUUCAAAUCAUAAUAUCUAUUUUUUUUAAUAUAAUCUAUACCCCGUGGAGCAGUUGAAGCAGCAUUCGUGUUAUCUGGGGAGUGGGUGGAACCUGCCAAAGGCAAAACUGAUUAAUUGAAAUGUAUUCAUUUCCGCAGCCUAGCUCUUCUGAAUUUCACAAUGCAAGCACUGCAAGCAGAGUUGCAUACAUUUGCUAAAUCUUUGACUAUCUGGCCCCUAGUUUGCUGUUUCUUGCUGUAUCUAAUAUGAAGUCAGUGACCCGUCUCUGAGGAAGAAGCAAUCUCAUAAACUGCCGACUUGCAGUUUCAUACUCCCAUUUCGACCUCAGCUGUGUUUCCGUUUCUUAGUCUGAAUACUUCCAGUUCCUUAGAAAACUUUCAGUUUCCAGUUUGGCAGCUUCUAGUUAUUGGUAGAUUCAGUUGUUUGCUUUAUAUAGAGCCCUGUUAAAAAGUCUUUCCUAUGUGCUAACUGUAUGGUGUGGUUUGGUCUUAAAGGCCUAAUCCAAUAUUCUAAUGCUUUUCAGCUCUGGAGGCCCGGAUUUGCACCAGCGCUUCCUUGUAGUCUUGCUGUUUUCAUCGUUGCUUGGUCUUUAGGAUGAAGAGCUCUUGCUUUUCCAGCAUGAUGUCUCUGAACUUUGCCCUUCCACUUUCUACAGAUUCUCCUUGACCCAGCCUACAGCAAUGGACAAACGUUUUGCAUCACCUACAACAUCAGGAUUGAGACCUAAUUUAAAUAUCUAUCUAUCUAUCUAUCUAUCUAUCUAUCUAUCUAUCUAUCUAUCUAUCUAUGAAUAUAAUUUGGAUCUUUUAACUUUUAAUUUGGAUCACAUAAUCAAAGAAGCUGCAAAGUGAUCUUGCAGAAGUCUACUGGAAGUGUUUCAUGUUAGAUUUUGAAAUGUGACAUUUUUGAAUUUGUGUCAGUUGUUUGUUAAACUACAAAGCGGUGUGUGAUUUCAGUAUGUUAGCGUCACGUUAUGCAGCUGGUUUAAUCCGCCUUUAUGAAGUGUAAUGAGUUCAUUCUAUAUAGAGGGUGCUGUGAAUCUUCGGACCGUAGCUGUGUGUUGUGCGCACUUUGUCUCCAACGCUGGCCUUCCAGACAUUGGAACAUUCCGGGUGCAUUGUGACUCUGUUGUGGCUGUGACUAAAGCAUGAUGUUUUUUUCAGUUUCCUCUAUUUCUCGUAUGUCUCUAUUUUUAGUCGAUAUGUGUUGCCUUGUCUGGUCUUGAAUCCUGUGCAUAUGACCCUUGUGCAGCUUUACAUCUCAACCAUGAAGUGCUGUAUAUACUGGCUCUGAACAAGUCAAGGUCUAUGAUGAAUCCGUAUCUUUGCCAAACCAUUGCCAGUGCAGUGCAUUUAUAACCAUGUACUGUGGUAUCCAAUGCUAAAAAGAUAUUUAGCAAUGCUUAGUAAUAAUAACACAGUGAGAGGAAGGGUAUCCCAGAAAACCUGAUUUACUGUGGUAAAGAAAUAGGAAUGGCAUUGUAUAAGCUUGGGGAUGGGGGACUGUGGAAUUCAAUGCAAACUCUAUUGUGGUAAACGUGUAUACAGUUCAACUGCCCUGGACUGGACGCUGGCAGCAAUUCUUUAUUAUAUCAUGGCACGGCAGUGGAUGUCUGUAUUCCUUCACUCGCGAUGCUACACUGUGUAUUGCUCUUCUGUUUCGGUCACUAAGGCUUGGUCAUUCUCUGUAAAUGUAACUCGAUUCAGGACCUGCUGCUUUCCUGCACCUUGCUUUAAAAGCCUUGUAUGGUUUUAGAAGAGCCCACUAUAACCUCUGUCAGCUAGCUGGAUAGCUUGAUAUCUUGGUCUUUGCAACACAUUACCAACACUGAUAGGGCACAGGAAGUUUAUUCAGAACUGAUAGCAUCAUCCUGUACGUUCAUUUUCUGCAACUGUGCACCAUUAAACCUGCUGUGCCCUCCAAAUCAUGUUCCUGUAUAAUGUUAACAAAUAUGUAUGUAUUUGUGGUUAAUGUAGAGGUUGUGUGCACAGGAUGACUGUAUUCAGUUUGCCUCUGAAUGGCCCUUUUGAUUCAAACAAGGAACAGAAAGGAGUAGAAAACCCCUCUUGGCAUGUUUUCAAGCCCACAUUAACUUGUUCAGCUCUGGUUUCUGCAUUUAACAACAACUGUGUGCUUUGGAACAGCCGAACAAAAGCUGAGGUCAAAGGUACAAACAGAAUGGAGUUUCAGAUCAAGCAAACACCGCAUGAUAAGGAAAACACCCCAAACCUACAGCUGGUACCGUAAUGGAAAAGAGUGUGUUAUACUGCAAUACCACUGAAAGCACGCGUGCACUUCUGACACGAGCAGUACUCUGGGAUAUCACUUGCUUUGACUUUAUCAAAUGCAAUAUCGGCAGUGAUACAGGACUGUAACUUUUGACAUGGUUGGCAAAUUACUGCCCUGCAUCCAGCCCUGACCCAAGCAGUUUAGACAUGAGUAAACUGUGUAACUGUUAUCAAGCACGUGUGUGCUUAGCACUAAGAGUGUAAAUAUGCAUUGUAAAAAAUGUGCCGUUCUCUGCAGUUUUCUCUAUGAAACCUCAUCUUGUUUAUGAACUUGCCUGGUAGUUUGAUAGUGAUUUUUUUCAGCUGUUUUGUCAUUUUUCAUUCAUUAUAUUUGUGUGGAUCUCUCUCUCUCUCUCUCUCUCUCUCUCUCUCUCUCUCUCUCUCUCUCUCUCUCUCUCUCUCUCUCUCUCUCUUUCUUUCUUUCUCUCUCUGUCU